AUGGGAAACCACACAGAUCAACAUCAAUUUUACCUUACUGGACUCUCCAAUAAUAUGCAGCUUCAGAUUCUUUUCUUUCUUCUUUUCUUGAUCAUUUAUUUGCUAACCCUGCUGGGGAACUCUUUGAUCAUGCUGGCUAUAAGAACCAAUUGUCAUCUUCAGAAUCCAAUGUACUUCUUCCUGAGCCACCUCUCUUUCCUUGAUUUGUGUUUCUCAUCAGCCACUGUCCCAGAGAUGUUGAAGACCAUCAUUGCAAAGCAGAAGACCAUAUCCAUUGGAGGCUGCUUCAUACAAGCCUUUUUAAUAAUGAUGUUAGCUACUACUGAGGUUUUCAUCCUGUCAUCCAUGGCAUAUGACAGGUAUUCUGCCAUAUGUAAACCCCUCCAUUACAUUGAAAUAAUGAAUGCAACUUUUUGCCAAAAAUUAGUAGCUACAGCAUGGAUGGUUGGCUUCUUUUAUGCAGUGGCAAACAUAUUACCAUUGUUAGCAUUACAGUUCUGUGGAACACAUGUCAUAAAGCAUUUCAGUUGUGAGUUGCCUUCCAUCCUCUCUCUUUCAUGCAGUGAUACAUAUGCAAACAAAAUAUUGUUUUUUAUUAGUGGAAGUGCAGUUGGACUGGUCUCCCUGUUCCUCACCAUUCUGUCCUACAUUCACAUUACUGCUACUGUCCUCAAAAUCACCUCCACUGAAGGAAGACAUAAAGCUUUUUCUACAUGUACCUCACAUCUCAUUGUUGUGAUUCUUUUCUAUGGAGCUGGUUAUUUCCGCUAUUUGAGGCCAGCUUCCAUUUCAUCUGUAGUUUUAGAUGAAAUAUUUUCCAUACAGUACUGUGUCUUUACAUCUUUUCUUAAUCCCAUCAUCUAUAGUUUACAGAACAAAGAAGUGAAAGCAGCAUCUAAAAAGCUUCUGAAAGAAGCAUUUAAAAAGUUGUUUCACCAAAAAUCCUGA